AUGGAACUGUGUCAGAACAAUCUUCGGGACAAGAUUGCAUUCCAGCAUUCUAUCCCCAUGUAUUCGGUCUACCCCCUGUUCAUGUCGCUGUGGAACAAUUGGGAGACGCUGCAGAAGGGGGACUUGCUCCUCUUAAGCAUAUUCACUGGGAUCUUCGAGGGGAUCAAGGAGCGAGCGAAGUGUCACCACGACGGGUUGGUGAACGAGGAGACCCUGCACACCCUCAUGGCCGGAGUCACCGUCCAGACAGACGAGGACAGGUUGAAACUGACCCAGGACCAAAAUAUCGUGAUCCACGAAGGCGACAAGUGCCGGGUGGUUCACGCCGACGAUCAUCCCCAUUUUCACCGGCUGCCCAUUCAGUACGGAGGGUAUUGUACGUGGACUCUGGCACAGUGCAGGGGGCUUCUCCUCCCCGGGAAUCCAAACAUCGGGCUGCUUGUCUACCGUGAUCGCCAAUAUUCCUUUUCUGCCUCUGACUGCGCUUGGGACUUCAAGGCGGAUCCCGAAAGGUUCAUUGAAACCAUUGAGGAGAUCCUGACGGAGCAGCCGGAACUAAGGGUUCUACUCGCAGGUGCGAAGAAAAGGGAGAAAGUCAAGGACAAAAUCAAUUCGCUGAAAGAGCUGCUUUCUCCUGUCCCGAGCGAAAAUCAGCGAGAAACAGCGGACGUCGGGCUUCAGACCCUUCGCCACCCUAUAGCCGAUCAAGGACACGCACUCACCUGGAACCGAUGCGACAUAAGCGCGCAGGUCUUUGAGAAGUCGAAACAUAGAAGAAACACGUCCUCAACUCAGACCGACUUGUCCUCGUUCCGCACGGAUGCCCACGUCCAAAAAAAUGAACCGAAGAAUGCUGAAACUCAAACGCUCUCCUCUCAACGAGUGCAGACGAUGAACCUGCACACGUGAUGAGGACCGACGGAUCGCGUCCAGAAGAGCCGC